GGACUUGCGUAGAGCCUCUUUGUGUCGGAGCUGUGAGGCAAGGAGCUGAGCCGAACUGAACUGUAUUGUAUAGUUCCUUACUGAGCAUCUUGAAUGAACAGCGCUGAAUUAGACUAUAAAAUGUCAGGUACAGAUCAUGUAAUCAACACUGGUAACAACGUGACUGCUAAUAGCACUGAUAUUUGCCGAGAAGUCACGCGCAACUUCUGCACCCUUGGCAAGCGCUGCAAGUUCCGACAUCCAAAGUCUAAUAUGUUUUGAGCUUGGCCUUCUUUUUCCGAUGACCUACACCUUAAAUGGCUGGAUUCCAGUCUGCAGUGACUAACAGAAGGUUGGAUGCCAGUGAUCUGAUGUAAAUUGCAGAUAGAACUUUAUAGUUGCUUGCGUAGCGCCUUGGCUAAACAGCGCAGAAAUAAUCUAUAAAAAUGCCUGAUAACGGCACCGAGGAGGCUGGCCCCAGUACAGAUGAUAUUUGCCGCGACUUCCUGCGCAACGUCUGCAACCGCGGUAAGCGCUGCAAGUUCCGCCACCCAGACGCUAAUGAGAUGUCUACCCUUGGCCUUUUAUCUUCUGAUCUACCUGUUAAUAAAGGUGAGAUUCCGAUCUGCCACGACUAUCAAAAGGGUGACUGUCAAAGAGGGCCCAAAUGUAAAUUCCUGCACGUAAAGCGCGACGAGUAUGGUUAUGAAAACCAAGGUAUGGCGCACAGCCAAGUGUUUUCUUCCUUGGCCCGUAGAUAUGACCGCUAUGAUGACCUCUACUCUAGAGGUUAUGACGCUGACCACUACGAUGGCUACGAUGCCCACAUGAAGAGGAGGAGGAUGGAGGGCAUGGGGUUCGAAGUAUACGACUACGGUAUGCAAAAUCCAGGUGCAGCUGACUACCGAUUUCUGAAGGAAGAGAAUCUCAUGCUCCAAAAGCGUGUUGAGGAUCUCCAAAAACAGGUGUCAAAUCUGAUGGCCACCAAUGAGCUCCUUCUAGAGCAGAAUGCAAAUCUCCGCAACCAAGUGAAGAUGGGAAUGAUGACUCCCAUGACUCCCAUGACCCCCAUGACCUCCAUGACAGCUAUGACUCCCACACCCACUGCAACAGCUGGGAGAUUCACCACCCAGUGACGUGGUGAUGAUCACCUGAGAGAGGUGUGACUCUACUUUAAAUAAUUGUUUUGUCACUUCAGUAUACUAAUAAAAGAAUCUUAUGUAGUUUGUCAGAUCUGAGAAGGUUGUACUGGGACUGCUUUACAGAUGCAAAUAUGCAAAUUUACAGAUUGACCUAUAAGACCAUGAUCUCAACUGAUACUUGGCAGUUUUACAAUACCACUACUUCUAAUUUAUAAAUAGUGGUGGGAGGGGGAGUAAUAGGGGUGGACAGGGGAAGAUGGUUUAGUUGCUGUACCACUGCUAACACUGGCAGUGAAGUGACAGGAUGUAUCAGAAAAUUCUGAUAAUUGUUCAUGAUAUCUAGAGUCACUGCAAUAAACAUUAGUCAUUUUGAAUAACUUAGCUUUCUUUCUCCACCCUUCUCCCCCCCCCCCCCCCGCCCACCCACCUUAAAUAAAGAAAAAGUAAUGCGAGUAUUGUGAAAACAUUUAACCAAAAUGCAGGACGAAGUUGUUCAUCCAGUAAGCUAUUUUCUAAGUGACAUUGUGCAAAAUUCUCUGUUCAUUGACUUGGUUAUGGCCAUUUUGUGCACAAAUUUGAGAGUAUUUUCUCACCUCAGUUUUGCGCAUUUUGCUUUUCUGGAAACCUUGUGUUGCAAGAUUUAGACACAUGCUAGAUUUGGCUUUGGCAAAGCAUAGUGGCAGAUAUGUAUGAAUUAAGUGGCAAAAUUAGCCACCAAUUGAGCCACCUGUAUUGCAAAGCUUUCCAGUGUGUGUAUUGUGAGAUGCCUUGGUAUGUGUUGCAAGCUAUUACAGACUUGGGUACUGAAGGUUGUAUAAUUCUAGAUCAUUGUUAUUGUCUGAUUUAUAUUUUCCAUCUAAGUCUAGAAUACAUCCUUUAAUACACCUAUAUCGUUCAAUGUGUAGCUGGCCUCUUGUGUAUCUGUUCUAUGUGACUGACAUUUUGAAAACUAAGUUAAUCAUUUGUCAGCCAACUGAUUUUUAAUUUGGCUUAAGCCACAGGAAACAAGGCAUUUUUGAUGCUAUGUGUAGUGGGUAUUGGGUUGGUGGUCUUUUGGUCUGUAUUGUGGGUUUUUCUUUUGUGUUGGUGGGAACCCAGGACCACUGCAUGGCACAUCAUAGAUUUUUCUACUUUUCUUGCAUUGCUUUCUACUUUAAAACUCAUUUAAAAUAGCUGAGUGUAGUUUAUUAGUUGCCAUGUUUUCAUUGGACUUAGGUGAACAGAGAAUCCUGCCUGCUUUUAGUAAUUCUCUACCUAUUGUGUAUAAUUUUUAACUUUUCUGUUUUUUUCUACUGUUCUUUGGGGUGGGGGAGGGCACACUUUGGUUCCACACUGGAAAAUCCGAUCCUGCACUAACUGUUGAUUGCAGAAGGUAAAAGCCUGCAUACAUCUUGACUCUCUUCUCUCCUGUUUAAAGAAGCACCUGGUCUUCACUCAACAGGUUCAGCUGGGAAUAAUGGACAUACAGACCCCAGAACUUAUAAUUUUCCUUGCCCACAUUUCCACCCCUUUACAUGCCUGCUCAAGCUGAGAAGAUAUAGAACAGAAUUGUGAAUUGCUAGGUAUUGGUGUUGAUGGAUAUCAAGCUAAUAUUGCAGUGACCACAAAUUUUUGGAAUUUUCUUAUCUUGGAGUACAAAUCACAAAUGUUAGUUAUAUAAUUGGUAUAUGGUGCAUUAUUGUAGUUCAGUGUACAUUGGAAUCCUGUUUGUAAUAGCUGGGCAAGAUAAAUUCAACUUAUUCAUCAGACCUGCAGAAAUGACUAUUACAAGUCAGUCAUGGUUUGGUACAACAAGGAUCUUGACAGGAGUCUCCUUAUUGACAUCUGAUUGUGCACCUCUUUCAGUUCCUAAAAUCACAGUGCCCACUUGUCACUGUUGCUAUUUUUUAAGAUCCUUGCACUGAAAUGUUAAUAUUAUUCGUAAUCCUAUCUGGCCUUAGUGGUUUAGGAUUCUGGCAUUCAUCUAUCCUUUGUUUUGGCAUUUGAAUGUACUACAUGACUUUAGUGUUAUUUCAAGUUAAAGCUUAGGGUCAGCCUUUUAACGGUGAACAUUUUCUCCUCCACUCUGCACACCAAAAUCUUUUGGCAUUACCCAAGCUGCAGUUGAUUGGGAACAGGGUAGGGCAGUUGCUACUUUAUGGGUAGUCAUCAAUUAUUGUCGACCCUAACAGUCAAGUAAACUAGUGUGUCAUAAAUAAUACAUUCUCUUUUCCUGGUUAAAACUUACUGACUAGAAUGGGUAUGUCUCUACAGGUUUAAAGAUUUGGAAGAAACAAAGUAGCCAGGCUUCUUGUGGAGUAGUUCUGUGGUGAGAUUGUUUCUUCACAACACAGACCCAAUCAUUAAUCGGCUACACUUUUAAAAAAAUAUAUAAGGGAAUUUUGAUAGGUUCAAUGUAACUAUAGAGAGGUCUUCAACUUGAAUUCUGGUUUUCACUACUGGUCUUGCUAAUGAAUUUUAAUUUUUUAUUUCAGAAUUUAAUGUUUUUGAUUUUACUGUACUACCAAAACACACUGUUUCCUAAAUUGGACUUUGCAGUGAAGUGGUUAUUAAAGUGGAAUAAUGAGCACUUUGGUUGCCAUUUGGAAAUGCCAAUAAAAUGGGAAACUUAACUAUAGUUCAUCUAACGCGCUGGAAAGGUUUAAUGGUACAGUACAUGUAUAAUGUGUAUAUAUUUGAUUGCUACAUAGUUAUUUACUAUGGUUAAUGCUUUUCUAUGCGAUUACAUGUAGAGUGUUUUUUUUUCCGUCGUUAAUCGUUCAACUGAUGCAGACCUCCAGGACAACAGAACCUAUACAGUCCUAAACUAAGUGUACUUUAAUUGUAGACCUUUUAAAACAAAAAAAAAAUGUGUUCAACUUCAUUUCUAUGAAAGUUUGUUGAGUGUAUAACAAUAAAGCAAAUUUUCAUUUGUG